CUUAGUCUUAGUGACAACCGCGGCGAUCACUGGACUCCUCGGCCAUGCAUACAUUACACAGUUAGAACAAUUCGAACUCCACGGGCGACUAAUCUGCUCUUCUCUAGACUUGCACAGACUCCAAAUCCUAAGUUAACCUCUCAUCAGCGUCACUAGUUCAUGCCUCGCCCCGAAGCGUUCUUUUUACAUGGCGUCGCCGUGGGCGUGAUGACAUAUGGCUUCAUUGGCCUCAGAACGCUACCCAUAGAUGGCUGGAUCCGAGCACAGAAAGGAGGGCACUUCCAGUUUCUGACUAUACAAGGGCUGGCUGCUGCUUGGGUGACUAUGGUCCUAAGCCUUGGCUGUGAUUUGCUGCCUUCAUUUGCUACCCUUCGCACAGCCAAGCGUGCUUCCCUUAUGAUAGCUCUCCCUCUCACAUUUGUAAUAUCCGCAGUGUACUGGCCACUCCUGUUGUUUUUUCCAUCAUUGAUUCUACCGCGCCAGCUUCCGGGUCUAUCUGAGCCCUCUUCUUCGUCGACCCUCCCUUCACUGGCACGGAUUCCUUUCAACAUGGAUUUCUCUCUCCAUCUCGCUCCCGUCAUCACUCUCCUUGUGGACUUUAUUUUCUUCGAGAAGAAAUAUACGAAAAAGCAAGCUCAAAUUGGCUCACCACUCGUUGUCCUCGCCUGUGGGACAUGGUAUUCCUGGUGGGUAGAAUAUUGCGCUAGUUAUAACCAUAGAUUCCCAUACCCUUUCUUGACGGAAAACCCAUUCAACAUCCGCGUUGGCAUCUAUGCAUUCGUGUCCUUGCUUGCUUGGAGCUGUUUCCGCCUCAUGAAUGCACUCCAUCCUUAGAGAGUUUUACCAUCUUAGUAGAGCUAACAACAAACAAUCAAGGUUCAGCGCAACUGGUGUGGCCCAGUUUAGUAGAUUGUUGAUGACAUUCGAAAUGUGAUGAUGGUGCACAGAUUGUUACAAGUAGUAUAAAUUAUCAUUGAUAGACCC